AUGAACUGUGCAGAUGGGAUGAGCAAUGAGCCACCUGCUCCUGUAUUUCAUAUUCUCUCCGGACCAAUUAGUUCACUUUGUUCUUGUCUCGGAAUUAUCGGUAAUGUACAGUUGCUGAGACUGCUUCAAAGCAAAGCAGCUAACGAAUUCAGUUGCCUAUUUACGGCUUCUGUAAGUGCACUUGCGAUAGCGGACAUUAUUCUUUUGAUCAGCUCGCUUUUUGGCUAUUCCAUUCCGCUAUGCUAUAGUUACUUCGGUUUAAAUUAUGGCAUUAAUUAUUCAGUCCUAAUUGCUCAUAUUGUGGCAUGUGCUUCAAAUACAGCUGCGAUUUGGCUUGUAACUCUAAUUACAAUCCAACGGUAUCGAGCAAUAGCAAAACCUUUCCUAAUGAUGCAAAUGAGAACACUUUCAAUUCCAUCUCCAAGACGUUCAGCCAUCUCCUUAUCGGCAUUGUCGAAUUUUUCGUAUGAAAAAUCAUUUCGAUACUGCAGAUGGCCAAUUCUCGUUAGCAUUUUAGCAGCUAUAUUGAACAUUCCACUCUUUUUCGAGCUAACAAUCACGAAUUGUUCAAAUGACUCAAAAAUUAUCAUUCAAACGCCAUUACGCUAUCAUAUAAUUUAUAAAAUAUUAUAUCGUGCAAUUUUUAAAAGCCUUUUCGAAACGAUUGGCCCAUUUAUUGCUGUUUUAAUAAUUACCAUACUAACACAAUCACUUAUUCAACAAAAUCGAAAUGCACGAACUGAACUUAUGAAUAAAACUUCUAAAUAUAAGCGAGAGGAAACUUCACUGAAGCCGUUUACUUAUGUUGCUGUAACAAUGCGAAAUUAUGAUGUAAUAUUAAGCUAUUACUCAGUCGUUAUUGCUGUAAAAUUUCUCCUGUUUCACUUCCUCGUGCCAGCACUUGACUUAUGGGAAGCUUUAUUGCCGCUUAAUAUUGGCCUAUUUAAUAAUGCUGUAGCAAUAAGUAAUUUUCUUGUACUUAUCGACGCUUGUACAAAUUGUCUAAUUUAUUUGCGCUGGAAAUUCGUUAAAAUGGGUAUUAAAUGUUGCAUAAUGCAAAAGGAAGAGAAUUCAAUCGCUGAUCAAAAACGUUCUUUCAUAAGUACAAAUACUUGA